AUGGUUGUUGAAAUGAGGAGCAGGUUGAGUUUAUUUGUUGUUGGGUUGUCUCGUCAGUCAAUCGAGGAAGACAAGGAAGCUAUGCUGAUAGAGGAUAUGGACCUAGAAAGGUUUAUGAUCAAUGUACAACAAGUUGAAGAGGAUAAGUUGAAGGACAUAGAUGAGUUGCAAAAUAAGAGAUCUGAGACAUCAGGGAAGAAGUUUAGGCAACAAAAGAGUGAUGCUAACCGUCAUAUUCUAAGCGAGUGUCCUGAGAGCCGGCAAGGUAGUGGAAAUCAGGGAAACAUGGACCAAUCUUCUCCAGUUUCUCCUCCAGACAUAGCUACACCUAGAUGGGAUGCUUCCAGUACUGGUGGAGGAACAAAACACUUAUAG